CUUUAUACGUUUUAUUUAUACGCUAAAAAAUUUUUUGGGUUAUCUUUAUUACUUUCUUUAUAUUUAUGUGAUAUUUAUAUGAUAUUCAUAUACAGUAUCUUUUACAAUGGAAGUUGCAAUAAGAAGACGACAAUUAGUUGCAGUUGCUCUUUUUCUUAUUGUAGAAAGAAAAAAAAGAAAGAAAUAUAAGAGGAAUUGGGCUAGAUAUUGGCUGCAACGUAGAAAUACAGUUAGCAAUACAUUAACAAUAUUGCAUAAAGAACUAAGGUUUGUAAUAAAAAUUUACACAUGUAUAUGUAUGUACAUAUAUAUAUUUAUACAUUAAUGUUUUAAAUCUUAUUUGUAAUAUAAUAGAAAAAAGAUGAAAAAGGAGUACAGGUUUUUCGUGUAAUAUGUGUUUAAUGACAACAAAAUUGAUAAAUGUUUUGGUCUGUCUUUAGAUUAUUUUCAAUAUUUGCUAGCCGGUUAACAAUAAAUAUUAAUAUUUUUAUAAAACAUAAUUAAAAAUUUAAAGACAAAUUGUAAAAUAAUAAAAAAGAUAACGUAAUAAAAUGUUCAAAUUUGUUAAAAAGCCGUUGGUAGUGAUUUUACGUGAGAUUAUUAUUUUUGAUUAUCCAAGUUGUAAAGAAAUUAUGAAGUUGUCAUCUCUAACAAUUAAGAAAUUAUUUUACAAAUAUGUUUAUAAUACAAACCAUUAAUAAAAAAGUAAUAUAUAUUUAUUUAGAAUAAGUUGUCAAUGAUAGUACGAUCACGCGUUUAUUGUUAAUCGGUUAGCAAAUAUUAAAAAUGGUCUAAUGACAGACCAUUUAUUAAUUUUAAUCUUAUUAUUAAACACAUGUUUAUACAAAGAACCUGUAAAGCUUUUUUACUUCUUUUCUUUUAUUUAAUUGUUAAUUAACAGAGCUAUUUACAACUUAGGUUUUUAUUAGUAAUAUUAAUAUCCUGCUUAAUAUUAAUUAAUUAAUAUUAUUAGUAAUAUUAAUGACCUGCUCGCAUUUUAAUUUAUUUUUUAAUUUAAAGUUUCUGUUAUUUAUUGCAGUAUCGAAGAUCCAAGCUCUUUUCAAAAUUAUAUACGUAUGGAGCAACUUGUGCUCGAGAAGUUGUUACAUGCUGUUGCAGCUCUAAUUGAAAAAAAGGACACAGUAAUGAGACAAGCUAUCCCUGCUCAAGACCGAUUAAGUGUAACAUUACGUUAUCUUGCUACAGGAAAUUCAUUCAUGGAUUUAUCGUAUUCUGUACGAAUCGCUCCUAAUACAUUAUCUCAAAUAAUACCUAAUACAUUAAAAGCAAUUGUUGAAGUACUUAAAAAGAAAGUUUUUAAUUGUCCAUCUAGUCCAGUUGAAUGGCAAGUUUUGGCAGAGAAAUUCAAUAUACAGUGGCAUAUUCCGCAUUGUUUAGGCUCAUUAAAUGGGAAACGUAUUAAUUUCAGACCACCAAGAAAAGCAGGUUCUGUAUAUAGAAAUUAUAAAGGAAAAGAUAGCAUAAUCUUUCUUGCUCUUGUAGAUGCUGACUAUAAUUUUAUAUUUGUGGAUGUAGGCAGAAAUGGUCGUAUGCAUGAUGCUUCUGUAUUUCGAGAAAGUUCUCUGGCUACACAGUUGCAUUCAAGAACAUUAAAUUUACCUUUGCCAUCCUCUUUACCUGGAUACAAUGUUGAUAUGCCAUAUGUAAAUGUAGCAGACGAUGCUUUUUUUCUUAAGACAAACAUUAUGAAACCAUAUCCUGGACGCAAUCUUACCAAUGAAAAAAAAAUUUUUAACUAUAGACUAAGUAGAGCGCGUAGAACGGUAGAGAACGCUUUUGGCAUUAUGGCAAACAGAUUUCGUAUUCUCUUAAAUACUAUACCUCUUUCAGUUGAAAAGGUAGAAUUAAUUACAUAUACUUGUUGCAUUUUACAUAAUUUUUUAUUACAAAAAAAAGCACAUUCUUAUAUUCCUUUGGAAUUGAGAAACAAUAUUUCUGAGAGUAUCCAAUCAAAUUUGAAUAGUAUUUUACAUCAAAACGGAAAUCGUUGUACUGAUAGAGCUGUUAUUAUUAGAGACCAUUUCUGCACAUAUUUUAAUACAAUAGGAACUAUCCCAUGGCAAGAUAUACGUAUUGAAAAAGAUUAAGUCUUAUUUGAUUAUUAAUAACUUUAUUUUAUAUCUCUUUAAGCAAAAUUUUUAUUAUUGUUAAUUUUUUAAAACACGCACAUAUAUGUUUCUUU